GGCCUCCCAACUCUCCCAUCUCCUUCUUCUUCUUCUUCUUCUUCUUCUCUCCCUCCGUCCGUCUCUUCGAAAUGUGUUUGCUUCCAUGGUGUCAACUCGACGGUAGCAGCUCAAGGUUUCUUCUUCUUCUUAUCCAAGAAAAACUUGAAUCUUCAUCUUCUACUCGUUCCAGGCACUUGUAGAGGAAGCCCUGCAGCUACUCCAACCAAAUCACCCUAUCCUUUGAAUCACAUCCAUCGGUUCCAGAAGCUAUACAUGUCCGUCACUCCACUCAAGCCACCGAUGCCAAUGCCGGUUUCUCUUGUUCGCCAGCAAGUCGUUCGUCCACGUAAAUAAACAAGGCCGCGAGUUUCUAAGCUUACCUUUCCGAGCCAAAGCUAAAGAACUCUGCUCUCGAACGCGCCACCUUCCACCAACUAUUACUUUCUGUAGCCUGCAUCACGCGGGGGCAACGUGAGAACGCCAUCAGGAAGCUUGCUUUUUGGAGUGAACAGUAUCGGAGAGGGACACCACACGGCAUCGCAACCAAAAGGAUCAGUCCUUUUUGACAUCAAUGGCGGACACCCGCAACUCCUCUGAGCCGGAGAGCAGCGCCAAUUCGAUGUCUUCUUCCCUCUCCUCCCCGUCCUCCGCCACUACCUCCUCUUCACCUUCCCGAGCCCUUCAGGCGAUUGACGAGUCGAACCAGGCGAUGGCUACCUCUACUACCGGGGGGAGGAAGAGCGGCGCCGGAACGAAGCGGACGCGGGAUGGGGGUACGCUGCCGGCGUACCGCGGCGUCCGGAUGCGGGCGUGGGGCAAGUGGGUCUCGGAGAUCCGGGAGCCCCGCAAGAAGUCGCGCAUCUGGCUGGGGACGUUCCCCACGGCGGAGAUGGCGGCGCGGGCACAUGACGUGGCCGCACUCAGCAUCAAGGGCGCCACCGCGGUCCUCAACUUCCCCGAGCUCGCCGCCACCCUUCCGCGCCCGGCCACCCUCUCUCCCCGCGACGUCCAGGCAGCAGCCGCCAAGGCCGCCGCCAUGGUCCCGGCGCCGUCUCCGGCUACCCCCGACGAUCCGGACACCUCCGACGAGCUCGGGGAGAUCGUGGAGCUGCCGCGGCUGGACGGGUGCCUCCUCGACUCGGCCAAUUCCGGGGGCGAGUUCGUGUACCACGACGCGGUCGACUCGUGGGCGCCGUGGGUGGAGACCGAGUUCGGGCUCGAGCCAGAUCAGAUGUGGGAUCCGACCACCUUCGGAGCUCUUCUAUGGGACUAUUAACGCUGCUCAAGCUCUUACUCUCUCUCUCUCUCUCUCUCUCUCACUCACUCUCACCAUGCUCACUAAUGCCCUCUAAUUUUUCAUCCAAGCUGAAUGGCUUCUCUCUCUUCUUCCUUUUCUUUUCCAAUCCAAGCAUGUCUUUUCUUUUGUGUGUGUUGAGUUUUUGUGUGUUAAAAAAUCGAUUUGUAUAGUUCUCAAAAAGAGUGGAAGAAUAAAUUGUGAUCACUGUUUUGUGUGAA